AUGGCCCCCGAACCUAAGCGCGUGCUCAUCACUGGAGCUGCUGGCCAAAUCGGCUAUGCCUUGGCCCCACUGGUGGCGCGCGGGGCCGCACUCGGCCCCGAUCAGCCCGUGAUCCUGCACCUGCUGGACAUCGAGCCCGCGAAGCAGGCUCUGGAGGGCGUGCGUAUGGAGCUGGUGGACUCCGCAUACCCCCUGCUGGCAGGCGUGGUUGCUACCACCGAUGUGAAUGAAGCCUUCAACGGCAUUGACGUCGCCAUCCUGGUGGGCGGGUUCCCUCGCAAGGCCGGCAUGGAGCGCAAGGACGUCAUGUCCAAGAAUGUGUCCAUCUACAAGGCCCAGGCUGCCGCGCUGGAGAAGCAUGGGAGCAAGAAUGCCAAGAUCCUGGUGGUGGCCAACCCCGCUAACACCAACGCCCUGAUCCUGAAGGAGAAUGCGCCCUCCAUCCCCGCCGAGAACAUCACCGCCAUGACCCGCCUCGACCACAAUCGCGCCCUGGGCCAGCUGUCCGAGCGCACCGGGACGCACGUGGGCAAGGUCCGCAAUGCCAUCAUCUGGGGCAACCACUCCUCCACCCAGUACCCGGACGUCAACCACGCCACCGUGGACGGCAAGCCGGCGCGCGAGGUGGUCAAGGACGACGCCUAUCUGGACGGUGAGUUCAUCACCACUGUGCAGCAGCGUGGGGCGGCCAUCAUCAAGGCCCGCGGUCUGUCCAGUGCCCUGUCCGCCGCCUCCUCCGCCUGCGAUCACAUCCGCGACUGGGUCCUGGGCACCCCAGAGGGCACCUUUGUGAGCAUGGGUGUGCUGUCCGAUGGAAGCUACGGCGCCCCCAAAGACGUCAUCUUCUCCUUCCCCGUCACCACCAAGGACGGGAAGUGGAGCAUCGUGCAGGGCCUGGACAUCGACGAGCGCUCCGCCCAGCUGCUGAAGACCACCGGGGACGAACUGGUGGAGGAGAAGGCGCUGGCCCAGGAGUGCCUGGCGGACCUGUGA